GACUCAAAUUCGGAGUCGCUCUUUCACUUGGUGUUCGGUGUCACCAGUGUCACCACUUCCAAAAAGUUGUUCCGCGCAACACACCGAAGACCAAAGUCAAGUCUGUGCUGUGCUGUUGCCUUGUUCCUCUGUUGCUUUCUCCUUCUCCAUUACUGAGUAUUUGAUAGCUCAAGCCGCAUUGGUUGAAGGUGUUGCCAUUCUAGCAUCAGGAACACCUCAGGAACACAGAGAGUCCCAUUGUCGAGAAGCCGAAAGCUGUGUCAUCUUCGGAGUACCAGAAGCCACUUUUGCCCUGUUAAUACCUGUGUGAAACUUUUUCGCCGACACUGCCACCGACUGCCAAAGAAGAAGGAAGAGAGAAGAAAUCCUUUAUUUUGUGCAAGCUGACAAGAAUCAUCGUGAAGAGUCAAGCCAAAUGCCUACAGCUUGCAGGAGGUGACCACUCGCUACAAUACACUCCCAAUCACCAGUUCUUUCCGAUUGUUUUCAUUUCAUCUCCUUAACGAGAACAAUGCCAGCCUCCACUCCCCAACCAACACCAGCAACUUCUGCUACAAGUUCCAGCAAGAACGGGGAAUCAUCAUCGGAUCACCAAAGCAACAACCAGCAAAAAGACAGCAAUAAGGAACCUACCAGCAACAAUCUCAAUAUUAUCUUGUUAUGUUGUUGUCUACUGGGCAUUGGUACCAUUACAGGAUACACAGUCUUUUACUUUAUUUUCCGUGGCAAGUGCGCGAAUUUGUUGACGGCCAAAGAUCAACGCCACAAUGCCAGUCAAGUGGAAUUACAAUCCAAGUACUCCAGAGCAUUGACCGACGUUCGACAAUGUCAAGAAGAUUCCAAUGCCAAGGGAGAAUUGCAAGAAUUGCAGGGACGACUGCAAGCCCAAGCCAAACUCUCUGACAAGCAUCAAGACUUACUGGAACGUCACGAACGAACUCUGGAACGAAUAUCCCAAUUGCAAGCAUCGGAGGAUGCUUCCAAGUCGCAGAUUCAAACACUCCAGGACCAAGUCAAAACGGUGCACUCAUCUCUCGAAACCACAUCCAAAGAAUUGGGGAAUGCGCAACGAGAACGAGAUGUCAUGCAGCGUGAUCUGACCCAACAAAUGAGUAAUAUCAACAAUCUACUUCAGGAUCGAGAAACUGAGAGCAUGGAAUUACGAGAGUUGUUGGAUUCCUGUGAUGACAAGAUCAAAAAUGCCGAAGGACAAUUGGCAGAGCUCAGAAAUUUGGUCCAGCAACAAAAUUAUGCCAACAUUGUUGCCAUGUUCGGUGAAGGACCUUACAUCGUUCGGUUCAACCUGGAAUUCCCCUAUGAACCUGUUGAGCCCAAUUACUUUGAAAUCAAAAUAUUUAACGCGCGUGAUAUGCCUCACACCGUCUUGACCUUUUUAAACCUCAUUGACAAUGGACUCUAUGUGGACACCACCAUUGACUUUCAAAAGGACAAAAUCAUCAAGGGUGGCAGUCUGGCAUCAGUCGAACCGCAAGCAGGAAAGAACUUGCGGUCAACAGUGCUGCGUCGCUUUGCCAAUUUUGGAUACUCUGCCCACAAUACACUCUUCUUUGAAAACGAAUCAUCACCCAAUGCACCUUGUCGACAUUCCAGUUUUGGAUUGCAUGAACGAGGUCCUGGUUUCAUCAUUUACUUGACCAAUGACAUUCCAGAAGGAGAGAAUCCCAACAACUGCCCAGGAGUCAUUGUCAAGGGACGAGACACGCUGGAACGCGUCUUGCAUGCCCAUACCAACACUCGUGAUGGUGGCGAAUUGACAUGGAAGGUUCCUAUUGUGGCAACCUAUUUGGCUUCGGUAGAAGAUGAGUUGUAGUAUAAUUAAUUUUGUGCUGCUGUUGCUUGGUGGGAAGCAACGAACAAGCAAUUGGGGUACGACGAUAUUGUGAUGGUUCAAUCCAAUCUACAUCUAUGCAAGCAGAGAUGGUUUUUCAUUGUCAAGAGCAAGCUAAUCAGACGGUAUAAGGCAAAAACUGCACAUAGUUCUUGACGUGUACGUGCAUGUAUCCUCGUGAAAUGAACUUCUCACACAACGCCCCCAAUACUAUACCGUUGUAGCUACUUAGCGUGCAGCCACGGGCACAAGUCCGUUCCGGUAGAGGGAGCCACAAUACUCGAGUGACAAGUCUGGAACUAUCCCAGCUACCGGCACGGUAACCAGAGCUAACCUUCCACGUACCUAAUUGACAGUUGUCCGUUCGAAUGGCGCUCUAAAACUGUUUUGGCAGGCAGUGGCAAGCUAACAGCUCAUUGUCGUCGCUCAAGAUCGCAAAUCCGAGUGGACCGGUAUCACGAAACACAACUUUUUGAAAUGAAGGAAGAAUGGGGGGACGACUACUAGCAAGUAACUGUACCGUACUAAAGAAACUCAGAACGUACCGGUACAAGUAUCUCUCAUGAGGCUUCAGGCAAAAACAACCCACAAUCGUUGAUGGGCAUUCUUGGCAUAUCUUUGCACCUGGAAUCUGGCACAACAAUCAUC